UUCAAGAUGGAGUCACGGGUACACAUCAGUGUCUUUAAAAAAAAUAACACACCGCAGGUGACACGAUGCACGGUGUGCUGUACCGACCAUCAUUGUCCCCUUUGCCCCACUUCAAUAUACAAGCCCCGGUGUAGGGCAAAGGUUUUGCAGCACAUGGAGGUGCAUGUAAAGAAUGCCAUUCAACAUGAAGAUUUCUUCAUAACAAAAUGCCACUGGGACUGCAGGAGUGGAAGCAGUGGUCACUUCCACUGCCCUUUCUGCCUCAAGACCACAAUAAAAAGGCAGGCUAUACUGAGGCAUUUGCAGAUCUGUAGGCCACCUCUCCAUGACGCCCAGUUGGACGCUGAUGCAGACUGCAGAGAGAUGGGCAUCAAUUCCCAGACAGAGGAAUGCAAAGCAGGAUCUGUGAACCUACCUCAUCUCAGCACUGAUAAACUGCCUGUUCCGGUACAUGAUAGUGAAAUACAAGGACAAAGAGACCCAGCAGAGAGACCCCAAGACCCACCCAUGGACAACCCUCCCUGCAGAGUGAGCCGUGCAAAGUUGCCAAAUGUAGCAGGAAGAAUCCUUUUACUGUCCAUCCCAGCUAUCAUUUUUGGGCACCUUGGAUUGGGCGAGGCACACGAAGGUCCAACACUGUGCUAAACACAGAGUUUUUAAAAGCUCAAGGUCCAAGAAACUCCGCAGAGGCAGAUGACAUCAAUAUUACUGAAGACAGACUCUCAAAUGAAUUGAUGAAUUUGAAGGUGGACGCAGUGCGUACGCUCUGUAAGGAAUGUGGUGUCGACCCAUGCGGUUCUAAGAUAGAUCUCAUUCUGCGCCUCAGAACCGAAAUGCAAAAUAGACAGGCCUACGACAAGUGUUUCAGAAGAUCUGGGGGA